AGCUAUUCUGGGAGUUUCUCUUCUUUAAGGUUUCUGCUCUAUGAUAAGCUGUCACGGUGACGUUUUCGGGUGAUGUGGAUGUUGCUUGCUGGCUCAAAUCUUUCAAAUGGAUCUAAAUUAAAAAGUACAUAGUUCAGUGGACGUGGAAGCAUUAACAAUCGUGAGGAGAGCUUAAAAGCCCUUCUACACAAGAUGUCGACGUACGAAGAAUACAUUCAGCAAAACGAAGAUCGAGACGGUAUCCGAUUCACCUGGAACGUAUGGCCUUCCAGCAGGAUAGAAGCGACACGGCUGGUGGUACCCUUAGCGCACCUUUACCAACCGAUUAAGGACCGUCCAGACUUGCCUCCUAUUCAGUACGAUCCGGUAUUGUGCACUAGGAACAAUUGUAGAGCUAUCCUCAACCCUUACUGUCAAGUGGACUAUAGAGCCAAAUUAUGGGUCUGCAACUUCUGCUUUCAACGAAACCCUUUCCCUCCGCAAUAUGCUGCAAUCUCGGAGCAACACCAACCCGCAGAACUGAUGCCCAUGUAUUCAACGAUCGAAUACACAAUAAUGAGAGCUCAAUGUUUGCCCCCCAUUUUCUUGUACGUAGUGGAUACUUGUAUGGACGAGGAGGAAUUAGGGGCCCUGAAAGACUCGCUGCAGAUGUCUUUGAGUUUACUGCCUCAGAACGCUUUGAUUGGUUUGAUAACUUUUGGCAAAAUGGUUCAGGUUCAUGAGUUGGGCACCGAAGGAUGUAGCAAGUCGUACGUAUUUAGGGGUACAAAGGAUCUAACAGCAAAGCAAAUUCAAGAAAUGCUGGGUAUCGGAAAGGUUCCGGUGGCACAGCCUCAGCAACAGCAGAUGGGCAGACCAGGGCAACCACAGGCCGCGCCUCUACCUCCAGCCCACAGAUUUCUGCAGCCAGUCUCAAAAUGCGACACGAACCUAACCGAUCUCAUAGGCGAAUUGCAACGCGACCCUUGGCCUGUACCUCAAGGCAAACGUCCCUUAAGAUCGACCGGCGCAGCCCUAGCGGUUGCUGUAGGCCUGCUAGAAUGCACUUACGCGAACACUGGCGCUAGGGUCAUGCUCUUCGUCGGUGGUCCUUGCUCCCAAGGUCCUGGUCAAGUCGUCAACGAUGACCUGAAGCAGCCCAUAAGGUCGCAUCAUGAUAUUCAGAAGGAUAACGCCAAGUAUAUGAAGAAAGCGAUAAAGCAUUACGAUAACUUGGCUAUGAGGACCGCUACAAACGGGCAUUGUAUCGACAUAUAUUCCUGCGCUUUGGAUCAAACCGGUCUGAUGGAGAUGAAGCAAUGUUGCAAUUCCACCGGCGGGCAUAUGGUUAUGGGAGACUCGUUCAACUCGUCACUGUUCAAACAGACAUUCCAAAGAGUAUUCGCCAAAGAUCAGAAGGGCGAACUGCGAAUGGCAUUCAACGCCACGCUGGAAGUAAAAUGCUCGAGAGAACUUAAGGUGCAAGGCGGCAUAGGCCCGUGCGUCUCGCUUAACGUCAAGAGUCCCUUAGUAUCAGACACGGAGAUCGGAAUGGGCAAUACAAUACAGUGGAAGAUGUGCACCUUGAUGCCGAGCACCACUAUGGCGCUGUUCUUUGAAGUGGUCAAUCAGCAUUCAGCGCCGAUACCUCAAGGAGGAAGGGGGUACAUACAGUUUAUAACGCAGUAUCAGCAUACUGGUGGACAGAAGAGGAUUCGCGUGACAACGGUCGCUAGGAAUUGGGCCGAUGCUACUACAAACAUGCAUCAUAUCAGUGCCGGAUUCGACCAAGAAGCAGCCGCGGUGAUCAUGGCUCGAAUGGCAGUGUACAGAGCUGAAAGCGACGACAGUCCAGACGUUCUCAGAUGGGUGGACCGAAUGCUGAUUCGUCUCUGUCAAAAGUUCGGCGAAUACAACAAGGACGAUCCAAACUCAUUUAGACUUAACGAAAACUUCAGUUUGUAUCCUCAGUUCAUGUAUCAUCUAAGACGUUCGCAAUUUUUGCAAGUGUUCAACAAUUCUCCAGAUGAAACAUCGUUCUAUAGGCAUAUGUUGAUGAGAGAGGAUUUGACUCAGAGUUUGAUCAUGAUCCAACCGAUUCUUUAUAGUUAUAGUUUCAAUGGACCUCCGGAGCCGGUACUGCUCGAUACUAGUUCUAUCCAGCCAGAUAGGAUCUUACUGAUGGAUACUUUCUUCCAAAUUUUGAUUUUCCAUGGAGAAACGAUAGCGCAAUGGAGGAAAAUGCGAUAUCAAGAGAUGCCGGAGUACGAAAAUUUCAGGCAACUGUUGCAGGCACCCGUAGACGAUGCCCAAGAAAUCUUGCAAACGCGAUUCCCAAUGCCUAGGUACAUAGAUACUGAACAAGGCGGGUCCCAAGCUAGGUUUUUGCUUUCAAAAGUCAACCCGAGUCAGACUUACAACAACAUUUAUUCUCAUGCUGGUGAUUCAGGUGCACCUGUACUCACUGACGAUGUUUCACUGCAAGUGUUUAUGGAUCAUUUGAAAAAAUUGGCAGUAUCCUCCACAGCUUAGUUUUAAUUAUUUAAUGUAAGAUUAUAUUCUGAUUUUAGUUACAAUUGUAAAAUUAAUUAUGUAUGUUAUUUUUUUAAUAUAUAUCUAUUUAUCUGAA